AUGGAAGAAGAUUUGAUCCUCUUUAAUUACAUCCUUAAUCACGGUGAAGGUCUUUGGAACUCCGUCGCUAAAGCCUCUGGUCUGAAGCGUACCGGAAAAAGUUGUCGGCUCCGGUGGCUGAACUAUCUCCGACCAGAUGUGCGGCGAGGAAACAUAACCUCAGAAGAACAGCUUUUGAUCAUUCAACUUCAUGCUAAGCUUGGGAACAGGUGGUCGAAGAUUGCGAAGCAUCUUCCAGGAAGAACGGACAACGAGAUAAAGAAUUUCUGGAGGACUAAGAUUCAGAGACACAUGAAAGUGUCGUCGUCGGAAAAUAUGAAGAUUCAUCAUUGUUCCGCAAAUUCACAGACCUCGGAGAUGACUACGGCUGAUCAAGGCAGCUCAAGCAAACCCUUCGACAUGUCUGAGAGCUUCUCUCCGGCGACGACUACGACGUCAUUUCACGCGAUGGAACAAUCCAACGACAAUUACUGGAACGUUGAAGAUCUCUGGCCCGUCCACUUGCUUAAUGGUGAUCACCAUCAAGUAAUUUAA